UCCAGGAAGAACUGCAUAUAGGAUGUGACUAGAAAAUAGGGCAUAAAUCCUGCCAGAACUGAGGCUGGAGAGACGGGCAGGAGCAAGGGGUGGUGGGUCCUCGCUAUACUGUGCUUAGUAGGUUACCUUCUGAGCCAUAGGAAGCAAGAUGAUUAGCUUUGUGUUUGAGAAAGAUCACUCUGGAAGCAGCCUAAAGAAUGAAGUAGGGGAAGGACUGUUUUGGAGACUUGGGAUAGUAUCUCAGGCAGAACAUAAGGAAGGCUUGGACUGGAACGAUGGAGGCUGGAGAGAGACAUGGAUUGGAGAAAGUUUAAGGAGGUAGAAUCCGCUGCAUUGGGUUGGCAUUUGAAUGAGAAGAAAAAGGGAGGUGUCAAAAAUGUUUCCUGAGUGUCUGGCGAGGAGUCUUACGCAAUUAAUUCGUGGUGGCACCUACUAUGGGAGGUAGGUGCGCGCAGAGCGACCGCGGGCGGCUGAUGGUUCAGCCCUUGGCCGGCGGGAUUGGACACGUGAGUUGAGAAAUCAGUCUGGGAUCACUCUUCUAAACAGAGAAGAGGGGAAGAAAGGGGAAGCUGAGAUUGAGAGGUUUUCUUCUUUGUCUCUUAGUAACUAACAUUGCACCCGUGGCUCAUCCCCCAGGGUUCUGCCUAAACGUCCCGGGGCGUUUGGCGGAAGCUUUCUAGGUCCCGACCCUGCGAACGCUGGACCAGCAGAGGGCGCCAGGUGGGCCGCGGCCCCAACCCCAGGGCGGCGUUAUGGCCGCCGCGCGGGUGCUGCUGCUCCUGUCCGGGCGCGCGGAGUCGCCGAGCUUCGCCCAGAGUGUGUGUGGCCUCCUGGGCGCCGGGCCAGGGCUCGGGCCGUGGCCCACGCACUGCGGCUUGAAGCGAGGACGACUCGUCCUCUCGGACGGGCCAUUCCCAGGCUCCUCGGCCAGGCUUCCGCUCCAGCGACCCCCUUUCUGCCCUUUUGCGGCCCUGGACCAGCAGCUCAGGACUCCGGGGGCCGAGCUGCCCAGCAACCGAGGUGUGGAUCUGGGUGUGGCCGUCCUUCUGCAGUCCAGCGACCAGUCUGUCUUGUUAACGCGCAGGACACGCACCCUCAGCGUUUCUCCCAACCUCUGGGUACCCCCAGGUGGGCACGUGGGACUUGAUGAAGAGCUGUUGGACGGAGGGCUGCGAGAGCUUCAGGAGGAGACUGGACUACAGCUGCCCCACGGCCAGUUCUCUUGGGUCCCUCUGGGGUUAUGGGAGUCUGCCUACCCUCCUAGGCUGAGCUGGGGUCUCCCCAGAUACCAUCACAUCAUUCUCUAUCUACUCGUGGUCUCCUGGGAGUCACAGCAGCAGCUGCAGGCCCGGAUCCAACCAAACCCAAGUGAGGUGAGUGCCUUUAUGUGGCUGGGACCAGAGAUAGCAGCUGCCGUGGCUGCUGCAGAGGAUGGGACAGAGACACUCACACAUCUUCCCCGGGACCUACCACCCUCUGUCCUCCCUCUCCUGCCAUGGCGGGAGGAUUCGGUGAAGUGGGCUAAGCCACAAGGCACAGCCCAGACAGGAGCUGUCACCAUGCAGUACAGUGGAACUAGGGGAGGACGAAAGAGCUCAACCCCUGCCCUUGCCCACAUCCACGCUGCUGCGGACGACCCCGACCACAGCAGAAGGCAACGAGAGGGUCAGCGCUGGGACCAAGUUUGCCCUCAGGCUCUGGCUGCAGCAUCUGGGCAGGUAGAGCCGGAAUGGCAGCCGAGGUGACAGGACAGUGCUUUUUGGUCGGGGGCAGGUCCUCCUCAUCUGAUGAGCUCUCUAUUGUCAAGUCGAUAACUUCAACCUUCUUCUUACUCUCUGAUGGAUUGCCCUCUUGG